AUAGACUAGAAAUGUGAACUGCAGUGUUGUGGUGAAGUGUUGUGACCAGGAGAGGCAGUGUUGUGGUGAGGUGUUGUGACCAGCAGAGGCAGUGUUGUGGUGAGGUGUUGUGACCAGGAGGAGGCUGUGUUGUGGUGAGGUGUUGUGACCAGGAGGAGGCAGUGUUGUGGUGAGGUGUUGUGACCAGGAGGAGGCAGUGUUGUGGUGAGGUGUUGUGACCAGGAGGAGGCAGUGUUGUGGUGAGGUGUUGUGACCAGGAGACUGUGUUGUGGUGAGGUGUUGUGACCAGGAGACUGUGUUGUGGUGAGGUGUUGUGACCAGGAGAGGGUUGAAAUGCAAAGGGUUUGUUGAUGACGUGGGAGAAUAGAUAAGUUGUGAGAAGAUCAGAUAAAUUGGUACGCAAGGAUAAGAAAGAUAAGAAAAUUUGCAGACACGAAAGGAAAAUAAAGAGGAGGAAGAACAUUAGGAAAAAAGAGAUGAUUAAAAUUACGUGAGAGAAUAGAUAGAUAGUGAGAAGAUAAGAUACCUAACUGCAAAAGGAUAAGGAAAGUUAGACACGAAAGGGAAAUAUAGUGAAGUGAAGAGGAAGUAAAUUAAGGAAAAGAGUGUUGAGAAUAGAGAAAUUGGUUUAAAAUGAUAAGAAAACAAAUACAGUCAAGAGGAAUUUAAAGAACGUUGCAAAAAGUCAAUUGAUGGUGAAAAGACAGCUAAAUUGAUACAAAGACUAAAAAAAAAAAGAAAGUUAAUGACACGAGGGGAAAAAAAACUAUAGCAAAAAUACAAUGAAAAAAACAACGAGAAAAAGUUAGAAGAUUGAAAAAAAAGCGCGGGAAAAUUAGUGAAAAGAUACUUAAACUGAUACAAGGACAAAGAAAACACAAAAACACACUGAAACGAAAGAAAACAAUGAAACAACAAGCACACAACGAAAUAAAACAAAUAAAACAACAAAACAAGAAAAAACACUAAGCUUACGAGUGAAGGAGUAACACCAUUCAUUAACCAAAAGAAGACCAAAACAAAAAUGGCUGUAGAACGUGGCAGAGGAUCAUCCCGGCACUCACACCCACCCGUACACCCACACCCACACACACACCACCCACACCCACACGCACACGAGUACCCACACCCGAGAGACAGCCAGCAAGCCCACGGUCACCCACACAUGUACCGAAAACCACUAGGAGAAAAGAUAAAGGACUGCUGUAGAUCAACUAUUGCAUUCGUGUUCAGCAACGUAGGGGUGUGUGGACUAAUGGUCGGGUACACGAUAAUGGGCGCCUUCCUCUUCUCCCACAUUGAAAAGGAGGAGGAGGAGGAUGGAACAGAGGCGGUGAUAGAUGCAGAUGACCUAAGGAACAAAACUAUAGAGCGUCUCUGGAAUGUUACUGUGGCUCUUAAUGUGUUGGAUGAAGGAAAUUGGAGGAGCAACGUGACAGGAAUAGUGCAGAGUUACCAGAGGGAGGUCGUCGACUUGGUGGGAAACGGAUGGACUGGUGAGACGACUACUAUUAAAAGCAAGUGGAGUAUUGAAGGAUUUCUACCCCUCACUGUUAUCACGACUAUCGGCUAUGGACACAUCUCCCCGAACACCCAGCUGGGGAAGGUGAUGACGAUAGUGUACACCAUGUUCGGAAUGCCAGUCUUCCUCCUCUAUAUGGCGAACAUGGGGGACAUUUUAGCCAAGAGUCUGAAAUGGACGUAUGCUAAAAUCUGCAUCUGCCGCCGACCCGCACCCCGCUACGACCCCAGUGUGGCGUGGCGCUCAGCUGACAUGGCCCUGCGAGCUCCUGUAGGCGGUGACGACGUGGCAUCUAUAGAAAGCUGGAAUGCUGAAGGGGAACCAGAGAGAACGGAUGUCACAAACGUUAACAUCCCAAUCACAGUGUCUUUAGUCAUCAUGGUGGCUCUGCUGUACGGAGGCACGCUGCUGUUUGAGAAAUAUGAGGACUGGGACCCACUCACAGCAUUCUACUUCUGCUUCAUCUCCCUCACAACGAUUGGUUUUGGUGACUAUGUGCCGGGUUUGUCCACCACGGCGCCGAAUGCAGAGGGGGACGAAGCGGUCAAGGAUACGAGUUUCAUUUACUGUUCUCUGUACCUCAUGUUCGGCCUGGCGCUCCUCUCCAUGUGCUUCAAUCUGAUGCAGGAGGAGGUGGUGCACAAGAUCACUGCCUGUCUCAACGCUGUCAGGUUCUUCAAGAGGCGAGAGGCAGAUUAGUAGACGCUAGUGGUGGUGGUGAUGGUGGUAGUAGUAGUAGUAGUAGUAGUAGUAGUAGUAGUAGUAGUAGUAGUAGUAGUAGU